AUGGUCACUUGCUCUCUUGAUGGUUUGGUCAUUGGUCUAGGAACUCCAAGCCAGAACUUAUCAGGCAUCCUUUCUGCAAGCAUAGGAAACUUAACAAAUCUCCAAAGUGUACUAUUACAAAGCAAUAAUAUAACAACUCAUAUCCCCUCUAAGAUUGGGAGGCUCCAAAAGCUUGACACACUUGAUCUUUCCAAUAACAACUUCAAUAGUCAAAUUCCCAACACUAUCACACUUAAAGAGUCUUCAAUACCUGGACCUGUCAUACAACAAUCUAAGUGGUCCAGUACCAAGGUUGCCUGCCAAGACCUUCAACCUGGGCUACAUUUGUCUACUAAUUCUUGGGUUUGGUUUCCUUCUUUGGUGAAGAAACAGAAGAAGAAGAGAUUAACAGUUGUAGGCUUUAAAAAAUUUCAGAGAAACAUCUUCAGCAGCAGAAAGUACUUGGUUGGAAAAGGUGGUUUUGGAAAUGUCUACAAAGGAUGUCUCAGAGAUGGUAUAGUAGUAGCAGUUAAAAGGCUUAAAGAUGGUAAUGCCAUUGGUGGUGAGAUUCAAUUCCAAACUGAAGUUGAGAUGAUCAGGCUGGCAGUUCACAUGAACCUUCUUCAGCUUUUUGGGUUUUGUAUGAUGGCCUCUGAGAGGCUCUUAGUUUACCUCUAUAUGGUAAUGUCAUGGAGCAAGUUUCAUGCAUGA